ACACGCCUGUCCUCCAUUGCCCAAAUCUCACAUCUGAAGGUUAAAGUCUGUCUGUCUCCAUCACACCGCUCUUCAAUACAGCGGUACCUUCGUAUCGUCUCCCUCUUCUCGCUCAUAAUUUGUAGAAAUAUUAACACAACAUCAUGUCGAUAUUUGGUGAAGUCCCGCAAGCUGUUCCUGUCGCAGUGUUUAAACUGUCAGCAGAUUUCCGUGAAGAUCAGAAUCCCAGCAAGGUGAAUCUAGGAGUCGGAGCCUACAGGACAGAUGAAGGUCAGCCCUGGGUUCUGCCUGUGGUGAGAAAAGUGGAGAAGAUGAUCGCUGAUGACCAUAGUUUGAACCACGAGUACCUGCCCAUUCUAGGCCUGCCAGAGUUUCGUUCAAGCUCAUCUAAGAUCGCUCUGGGUGAAGACAGUCCUGCCAUCAAGGAUAAUCGGGUAGGAGCUGUGCAGUGUUUAGGUGGCACUGGUGCUCUGAAGAUCGGAGCCGAGUUUCUUCGCCGUUGGUACAAUGGAACUGACAACACAAAAACUCCAGUUUAUGUGUCUGCACCCACAUGGGAGAACCACAAUGCUGUUUUCUCUAACGCUGGAUUUGAGGACAUCCGUCCAUACAAAUACUGGGAUGCAGCGAAGCGUGGACUCAAUCUGGAAGGUUUUCUGGGUGAUCUAGAGAGCGCACCUGAUCACUCCAUCUUUGUGCUGCAUGCCUGCGCUCACAACCCCACUGGCACAGAUCCCACCCAGGACCAAUGGAAGCAGAUCGCCGAUGUCAUGAAGCGAAAGAGUCUGUUUGCCUUCUUUGAUUCAGCCUAUCAGGGUUUUGCCUCAGGAAAUUUAGAUAAGGAUGCCUGGGCUGUCCGCUAUUUUGUGUCACAAGGUUUUGAAUUGUUCUGCGCCCAGUCGUUCUCGAAGAACUUCGGUCUGUACAAUGAGAGAGUGGGGAACCUGACUGUCGUAGCCAAAGACCAAGACAAUUUGACCCGUGUAUUGUCUCAAAUGGAGAAGAUUGUUCGAAUCACCUGGUCCAACCCUCCGUCCCAGGGUGCACGUCUGGUUGCCAUCACACUCAACACCCCUGAACUCUUUGCUGAAUGGAAGGACAAUGUGAAGACCAUGGCAGACAGAGUCCUGCUCAUGCGUGCUCAGCUGAAGGAAAAACUCAAAGCACUCGGAACUCCAGGAACCUGGGAGCACAUCACUGAACAGAUCGGCAUGUUCAGCUUCACCGGACUCAACCCUAAGCAGGUGGAGUACCUGGUGAAAGAAAAACACAUUUAUCUAAUGGCGAGUGGUCGGAUCAACAUGUGUGGCCUCACCACCAAGAACAUCGACUACGUGGCCGAGUCCAUUCAUGAGGCUGUCACUACAGUCCAAUAAGCACCUUUACCACACUUCCUGUUUGUGUGUGUGUCCACAGGAACAUAGAUACGCACAGACACACACACACACACACACACACACUGAUACACACCUUCACUCACCAGCUUUGCUGGUCUAAUUUUCUCAUCAGCAUUUCAACAUUCUAUUUUAACUGUAAUUAUAAAGAAAUGAAACGGUCCCAGACGAUAUAUAUAUAUAUAUAUAUAUAUAUAUUUCCUUCGCCUUUCUCCUGUGUUUUCAGAAGAGAGUAUGUUGAAAUAUUAUCCGUGGUGUUCAUUUAAAUCUUGUUUCUAUGAAUAAGCACUUUGUGGUGGGAUUUACAGUCAACCAAAUGGCUCUCUGGAUUUCAUUAACCUGGUCUUAGGUUAAAUUCAAACAGGUUCAUGUGACUGGAUCAGUUAUAGACAACCUUUGAGUUGUUGGGUGGAACGGGUAGAAACUAGCCUUUAUUAACUUGUUGAAUUUUAUCAUCAUGUGUCUGAAAAUUUCACUGUAUUGAGUGCUGAACCGUAGGACGAUGUGCAUGUUUUAUGAUCUAUAUGUCUGUAUUGUUAAAACAUGCACACAGAGACGACUCUAGAACUUGAAUGAUGGGGGCAUUAGAUUGUGUUAAACUGUCAAUUCCUGAUGCUCUUACCUCAAAUGAAAUGGCUUGAAGAAACAUUUUACCUUGAAAUCCAAUUUUUGUGAUUCUGUUUUAAACUUAUUGUGACUAGUUAAGACAACAGAGGAAGAAACCUUGUAUAGUGGUCUGUGAAGAGGUGCAUUCUGGGAUAUUGGAUCUCUGACAGCUGAAAGAGAGUGAAUUAUACAGAAAAGUGAUUUGGGGGUUGAAUAUUCCUUUAAGCUUUUCAUCUUUGAUGUUCUGGUAAUUCUGGGUUGUGAAGAGCCCAGGCGUUGUUUUGCACUUUAUUUUCUGAUGUCUUUUUAAUGUGCUGAUUCUGGUCCAUCACUUUCACUACCGUGUUCAGGCUCAUUUGUGCAAUGUAGGACCGUUUAAUGAAUGUGCAGCCAUUUGUCCAAGUACAUUACUGACCCACCCAGCUUAGUCACAAAAGAUCAAACCUCUCUAGGCGUAUAAAAACUAUUUUGAGCACAACUAUACUAAUCAAUGUGCAUUGAAAUAAAAGAAGUAAAUAAACAUG